GCACCUGUGAAGACAUGGAGGUUCUCAGUCAUUCAGACAAACAAUUCAGAGAGAGAAGACGCUCCAGGUUCACUCAUAGGUUCAGUCCAAAGACGCCAAUGGUUUACAACCUAAUUUACUGAACAGACCAAUCAACUGACAAAGCCAAAAUAAAAAGCAGUGUGAUGGAUCAUAUUUCCCUUUAAAAUGAGACACAGCAGUCAGUUGACAAAGCUCCGCCCCUUAUUGACAUCACCUGAGACCAACCAGGAAACAGGUUGUUCCUGUUCAGUUCUCACUGAGGAGAGACAGACGCUGCACUCAGAGACAAAAUGGCUUCCAGAUUAGAGGAGGAUCUCUACUGUCCGGUCUGUCGUGAUGUCUUUAGAGAUCCUGUUGUUCUGUCAUGCAGCCACAGUUUCUGUAAAGACUGUCUGAAGAGCUGGUGGACAGAGAAAGAAACACGUGAGUGUCCAGUUUGUAAGAGAAGAUCUUCGAGGGAAGAACCACCCUGUAAUCUGACUUUAAAGAACCUGUGUGAGAGUUUCUUACAGGAGAGAGAUCAGAGAUCUUCAGAGGCUCUCUGCAGUCUGCACUCUGAGAAACUCAAACUCUUCUGUCUGGACCAUCAGCAGCCAGUGUGUGUCGUCUGCAGAGAUUCAGAAAAACACUCCAACCACAGAUUCAGACCCAUUGAUGAAGCUGCACGACAUCACAAGAAGGAACUUCAGGAAACUCUGGAGCCCUUAAAGGAGAAGUUAAAGGUUUGUGAAGAAGUUAAAGUGAAGUUUAAUUUAACAGCAGAACACAUGAAGGUCCAGGCCCGACGCACAGAGAGGCUGAUUAAGGAGCAGUUUAAGAAGCUUCAGCAGUUUCUAGAAGACGAAGAGGUGGCCAGGUUGGUUGCGCUGUGGGAGGAAGAGGAGCAGAAGAGUCAGAUGAUGGAGGAGAAGAUGGAGGCUCUGAGCAGAGAGAUAGCAGCUCUUUCAGACACAGUCAGAGCCACAGAGGAGGAGCUGAGAGCUGAAGACGUCUCAUUCCUGAACAACUGCAAGGCUGCAGUGGAAAGAGUCCAGCAGCGCCCCCUGCUGGAGGAUCCACAGCUGCCCUCAGGAGCUCUGAUAGACGAGGCCAAACACCUGGGCAACCUGACCUUCAACAUCUGGAACAAGAUGAAGGACAUGGUCUCCUACAGUCCUGUGAUUCUGGAUCCAAACACUGCUCGUCCAAGACUCAUCCUGUCUGAAGAUCUGACCAGUGUGAGAGGAGGAGAGAAACAGCAGCUUCCUGAUAAUCCAGAGAGGUUUGAUUGGUACUGCUCUGUUCUGGGCUCUGAGGGCUUUAACUCAGGGACUCACAGCUGGGAUGUCGAGGUUGGAGACAAUACAGUCUGGUUUCUGGGUGUGUUAGCAGAGUCUGUCCAGAGGAAGGGAGACAAACUGUCUGGAUUCUGGGUAAUAUGGUUAAAUAAAGGUAAAUACUCAGCACGGUCACCAUCAGCUCCACCAACUGAUCUUGUAUUUCAGAAGAAGGUCCAGAGGAUCAGAGUGAAUCUGGACUGGAACAGAGGAAAGUUGUCGUUCUCUGAUCCUGAUACUAACACACACAUACACACCUUCACACACACUUUCACUGAGAGGUUGUUUCCAUACAUUAUCACUGGGGAUGAAGUCCCACUGAAGAUAUUACCAGUGAAGGUCAGUGUGACAGUGUAACAGAGCAGUUAGAGAUAAAGAGGAUGAUUAUAUUCAUGUUGUCCUCACUUCCUCUCAAAUGAAGACUUGAGUCGUAGUAAGCUUUAGUUGCUCUUUACUGUGGCUCUUUGUCUCAUUUUACAAGGUCAGAGUGAAAACUGUAACAAAGACAAAUAUAAAAAUUAUCAUUUAGCUCUGUAACAUGUGCUUUAAAGUGUAAAUAAAACGUUUUUAAAUACAAAUAAAUCAAAUGCCUUCUUCAUGUAAAUAAUAUUUGUUAUCACUAACUUAAGAAUGUAACUAUGAAGUUAUUCACUGACGACGACGUCAAAAAGUUCAUUCGAAUUUAUGCCUGAAAGGCAACACAAUAUUCAUGAUGUUUAUUUCUUAAAGAUAAAAGUCUCUGAAUUGAACCUGUUAAACUGAAACCUGUUCCUCAUUAUUCCAACACUGCAGGAACAGACAGACAUUCUUAAAUAUUAUAAAAUGUUCUGGUAUUGAGAAAAAAAUCUGCCAAUUGAGCUGAAUUUAAGAAUUUGUACCCUGAUUAGCAAAGAAAAUCUUAGAAUAAGACACAAUUCCUUCAAACAGCAAAAUAACAAACAGUGUCUUUGUCCUAAAUUAAAGAACCAGAGAUAUUCUUAUUUUCAUCAUUUUUUAUUAAAACAAUGAAAAACUAAACAGUCGAUUCAUUUUCAACACAAUAAAAAACAAAAAACAUAUUCUAUUUUUUGUCUUUAUAUCUUCUUUUUUUCUGUUUUAUUUUGUUAUUUAAUGUGUAUUUCUUUUUUCUUAUCUGAUAUUUUCUAUCUGGAGCUGCUGUAACAAGUGAAUUUCCCCAUCUGGUAUAAAUAAAGUCUAUCUUAUCUUAGCUUUAUAUUAGCUGUAAGAUCUUAUUAAAGCAAUGUUUUAUUUUCUUAAAACCAGAUCACUUUUCUCAUGUUGUUUCUCAGAAACAAGACUUUUUUUACUUUCAUGAGAUUUAUUUGUGCACUGAACAACAUGUUUAUUAUUCUUAUUGUUUUGAUUUGUUUUGUUGUUACUUUGUUUGAAAAUCAGCUUUUUGUUUCUAUUGUCGACCUUUUUCAGAUGUAAAAUUGUUUCAUUUAGUUUCUGAUCUUUAUGUUUGGUUUUCUUUUAAUUGAUACUGUGUCAUUUUAUGUUACAUUUUUAUUAAUUUGACUUAAAGAUCAGCAACCAGUUUGUGGAAGCUGAUGGAUCCAAAUAAUUGAUCCAAAUUAAUCAAUAACUGCAUGUUUGAGCUGCAAAGUUUCCAGAUUGUUUAAUUCCACUUAUGAAAUGUUCACAAUGUGUAAAAUAUAAGUUUAAAUGAUCUAAAGUAUAUGAACAAUGUUCUGUUUGAUGUGAUGAAGUGGAGAUGAUUCAGUCUGUAACAGUGUUUUCAUUCAGUUUCCAUCAGUUGAAUUCUGCUGUUAGUCAUUCAGUCAGAGGAGAAGUUCUUCUAUUUAAGGUGGACGUCUCAUGUUUAAGGUGGAACGUCUCAGUUUGGGUUCAGACUGUAUGUAAUGUUGCUGAUUUCAGAACAUUAAUUAACAUUAAUGCUGAAUGUACAAUAACUCCUGUUUUUCAUCAGUAUAAUAAAAUAUUAUCUUUA